CCUUCUCCUUCCAUUAUUUCGAUCUGUCUCUCUCUCCAUUCCGUCCUCUUCUCACAUGAUCGACAAUCCCUGCUUUUUCUUUUCUUUCAUUCUUUUUGUUGUUGUAACCAGAAAAACAUAUUUUCUUCGUGUUGAUCAUGAACGUGCCUACCGCUUUCAGGUAAUAAAUCCCUAUCUCUCUCACGUGACGCUCACGCUAUUUUCCUCCGAUACCGUGUGUAGCAAGCUUUUUGGGGUUUCUUCGCUGAUUUCGUUAAUGAAUUGCUAAUUGUUUGAACCCUAAUUUCAGAAUCUGUAGGCUCCUCCAAUUACGGAUUAGGAAUUAAAUCAAAACACGUUUCGUGUCAUUUUUGGCAGUUACGAGGGUUUCAUCUUCAACAGUUAACGGUGCUUUUUCCUCUCUCUUCACAUAUUGAAAGGAAUGGGUCAUCAUCGUCGUAGUAGAAUAAGAUCAAAAAUAAAGAAAAGCCAUUUCUACACCUUCAGAUGCCUCAGACCAAAAACUCUCGACGACCAAUGCCCCCACGUCAUCAACGGACCAGGCUACACCCGCAUCGUCCACUGCAACCAGCCUCACCUCCACCUCGCCACCAAACUCCUCAGGUACCGCUCCAACUACGUCUCCACCACCCGCUACAGCCUCCUCUCUUUCCUCCCCAAAUGCCUCUACGAGCAGUUCCACCGCGUCGCCAACUUCUACUUCCUCGUCGCCGCCGUCCUCUCCCUCUUCCCUCUCUCCCCUUUCAACAAGUGGAGCAUGAUCGCCCCCUUAGUCUUCGUCGUCGGCCUCAGCAUGGGCAAAGAGGCCCUCGAGGACUGGCGCAGGUUCAUGCAGGACGUCGCGGUCAACUCCAGGAAGGCUAGUGUCCACAAAGGGAGCGGCGACUUCGGUCGUAGGACGUGGAAGAAGCUUCGAGUCGGGGACGUGGUGAGAGUCGAGAAAGACGAGUUCUUCCCUGCUGAUCUCUUCCUCUUGUCCUCUAGCUACGAGGAUGGGAUCUGUUACGUGGAGACCAUGAACUUAGACGGGGAGACUAACUUAAAAGUCAAAAGGUGUUUGGACGUUACUCUGGGUCUCGAGAAGGACGAGUCCUUCCAGAGUUUCUCCGGAACGAUCAGAUGCGAAGAUCCGAAUCCUAAUUUAUAUACCUUCGUUGGUAAUCUCGAGUGUGACGACGGCCAGGUUUAUCCUCUCGAUCCUAACCAGAUUCUAUUGAGAGACUCUAAACUGAGGAACACCACUUAUAUCUACGGGGUCGUGGUCUUCACCGGCCACGACACGAAAGUCAUGCAGAACUCUACAAAGUCUCCUUCGAAAAGAAGCAGCAUCGAAAAAACGAUGGACUAUAUAAUAUACACUCUCUUCGGCCUUCUUUUAUUCGUAUCCUUCAUCAGCUCUCUAGGUUUUGCCGUUAUGACGAAACUCGUGAUGGCGGACUGGUGGUACCUGCGACCGGACAAGCCCGAGAGCUUGACUAACCCGACGAAUCCUUUCUACGCUUGGGUGGUCCAUCUGAUCACUGCUCUAUUGCUUUACGGAUACUUGAUUCCCAUCUCGCUCUACGUCUCCAUCGAGCUGGUGAAAGUCUUGCAAGCGACUUUCAUCAACCACGACUUGCAUAUGUACGACAGCGAGAGCGGGACUCCCGCCGAGGCGCGAACGUCGAAUUUAAACGAGGAGCUAGGACAGGUCGACACCAUCCUUUCAGACAAAACGGGGACGCUGACGUGUAACCAGAUGGAUUUUCUGAAAUGCUCGAUAGCGGGUACUUCCUACGGUGUCCGCGCCAGCGAAGUGGAGCUGGCUGCUGCGAAGCAGAUGGAGAUGGAUCUCGAGGAGCAAAGUGAUGAUGAUAUUACAAACCUUCCUGUGACUAAAGGCAGGUCAAGAAGCUACACGAAGCUUGCCAGCAAGACGUCGUCGGAUUUUGAACUGGAGACUGUGAUGAUCACUGCUAGCGACGAGAAGGAUCAUGGGAAGAAGACCAGUGGUGGUGGUGGUAUCAAGGGGUUUAGUUUUGAGGAUAAGCGUCUGAUGGAUGACAACUGGGUCAACGAGCCCAAUUCGGAUGACGUGUUGAUGUUUUUCCGUAUACUGGCGGUUUGUCAUACGGCUAUUCCUGAGGUGGAUGAAGAUACUGGCAAGUGUACUUAUGAAGCUGAGUCUCCUGAUGAAGUUGCUUUCCUUGUUGCUUCUAGGGAGUUUGGUUUUGAGUUUACUAAGAGAACUCAAUCAAGUGUCUUUAUAUCUGAACGGUUCUCACCUUCAGGUCACCCGGUUAAUAGAGAAUACAAAGUAUUAAAUCUAUUAGACUUUACUAGCAAAAGAAAAAGAAUGUCUGCCAUUAUCAGAGAUGAGGAGGGACAGAUUCUUCUAUUCUGUAAAGGCGCUGACAGCAUCAUAUUUGACAGGUUAUCAAAGAAAGGAAAAGAUUAUUUGGCAGCUACUUCCAAGCACUUGAAUGAAUACGGUGAAGCUGGUCUGCGUACAUUGGCACUCGGUUAUAGAAAGCUGGAUGAAGCUGAGUAUGCAGCAUGGAACAGUGAAUUUCACAAAGCUAAAACAUCAGUGGGAGCUGAUAGAGAUGAAUUGCUGGAGAAGGUAUCGGAUAUGAUGGAAAAGGAAUUGAUCCUUGUUGGAGCUACUGCUGUAGAGGACAAACUGCAAAAAGGGGUGCCUCAAUGCAUAGAUAACCUUGCCCAAGCUGGUCUCAAGAUAUGGGUUUUGACUGGAGAUAAGAUGGAGACAGCAAUAAACAUAGGAUAUGCCUGCAGCUUACUUCGACAGGGUAUGAAGCAGAUAUCCAUUUCAUUUACUAACGUAGAGGAAUCAUCACAACACUCUGAAGUUGCUGUAAAGCAGAACAUAUUAAUGCAGAUCACAAAUGCCUCACAGAUGGUCAAAAUAGAAAAAGAUCCACAUGCAGCGUUUGCCUUGAUCAUUGAUGGGAAAACACUUACAUAUGCUUUGAAAGAUGAUGUCAAGUACCAGUUUCUUGCACUUGCAGUUGCCUGUGCAUCAGUAAUAUGCUGUCGUGUCUCUCCUAAACAGAAAGCACUUGUAACAAGACUAGCUAAAGAAGGAACAGGGAAGACAACUCUAGCAAUCGGUGAUGGUGCAAAUGAUGUUGGAAUGAUACAAGAAGCUCAUAUAGGUGUCGGCAUCAGUGGCGUUGAAGGCAUGCAGGCUGUAAUGGCAAGUGACUUCUCCAUAGCCCAGUUUCGGUUUCUGGAGAGACUACUUGUUGUACACGGACAUUGGUGUUACAAAAGAAUAGCCCAAAUGAUAUGUUAUUUCUUCUACAAGAACAUAGCGUUUGGCCUAACUCUCUUCUACUUCGAAGCCUUCACUGGGUUUUCUGGUCAAUCAGUAUUCAACGACUCCUACUUAUUACUCUUUAACGUUGUCCUAACCUCUCUCCCCGUCAUUUCUCUCGGAGUUUUCGAACAAGAUGUUCCUUCUGACGUCUGCUUACAGUUUCCUGCAUUGUAUCAACAAGGUCCCAAGAACCUAUUCUUCGACUGGUACAGAAUCCUCGGAUGGAUGGGCAAUGGAGUUUACGCAUCCAUAGUCAUUUUCUCGCUCAACCUCGGAAUCUUCCACGUCCAAUCAUUCCGCUCUGAUGGCCAAACCGCAGACAUGAACGCCAUGGGGACCGCCAUGUUCACUUGCAUCAUAUGGGCAGUAAAUGUACAAAUCGCUCUAACAAUGAGCCACUUCACUUGGAUCCAACACGUGAUGAUAUGGGGAAGCAUAGGAGCUUGGUACAUCUUCCUCGCCCUAUACGGCAUGCUACCACCAAAACUCUCUGGUAACAUCUUUCACAUGCUCAUCGAGGUUCUAGCGCCUGCACCCAUCUUCUGGCUCACUUCACUCCUGGUCAUAGCCGCUACAACGCUCCCUUACUUGUUUCACAUCUCGUACCAAAGAUCAGUGAACCCUCUUGACCAUCAUAUCAUACAAGAGAUCAAGCAUUUCAGGAUUGAUCUAGAGGAUGAGCGAAUGUGGAAACGAGAGAAGUCAAAGGCUAGACAGAAGACCAAGAUCGGGUUCACGGCUCGAGUGGAUGCUAAGAUAAGACAGCUAAGAGUGAAGCUUCACAGGAAACAUUCGGUGUUAAGUGUCAUCAGUGGGACUUCCUCUAAUGAUACAGCUUCCAACAUGAUUUGAUACCCAAAGUAAGUUUUGUUUUUAACUCCUUUCUAUACGUGGAUUGAAGAUAGACGAAAAUGUUUAUAUUAUUUUGUUUUACACUAUUCACGUUGUUUAUAUAAUUAGAAAAGUUAGAAAAGAAUUGUAUUGUGUUUGUAUAUUGUACAUUAAAAUACUAAUGAUAAAAAAAAGAGAU